GCUGAGAGGAAGAAGCCAGCCGUGGCUGAAAAGUGUGCCACAGCUUAAACCUCCUUCCAUGAUGGACUCGAAGGACCACAAGAAGGGCCCCCAGUAUAAGAAGAAUAGAAACAAGGCCCAGGAAAAAUUUGCCAGGAAGUUUCCGUACAGGUUCUCUUGGCUGAUGGAACCCACUGCAGAGUUCCUGAAGCCCUGGGAGGUUACGAAGAUGACCACCUCACUAAGGGAUCAGCUGCCGCUGCAGAAGACAUUGGUACCAACUAGGUCCAUUCCAGUCAGAGGGCUUGGGGCCCCAGAUUUUACAUCACCGUCCUGCUUGUGCCCUCCGCCACCACCGCCUCCACUGAGCCAACUUUGGGAAUUCAAGCUACUGUGUCGCCGCUUCCCCGGCCUAGGCGCCCCCACUGCCCACCCCUCCAGGGGCCUCUCCUAG